UAAAAUGUAUCUUGCCAUCCGCUUAAGUUUUGUUCUGGCCCUGAUGUUGUGCCUUGCGGGCAAAGGAAAAGCCGGAAUGAUUGAUGCAGAUCGCAACCGGAUUCAGCAACUCCAGGUUAUGAGUCGUCAAACCACUGAUGUCGAUACCCAGGUGCGGCUUGCCUAUGAAGCCAUUGGUAUUUUCAAUAAAUACAAGGGACAGAGUGGAUCGCAUAACGCAAGAGAGGCCCAGUUAAAUACACAAGUCCAAGAUUUCAAACGGAAGACAAUGGUCGUAGAUGGUGUGCCAGCUCAAGGAGGAGUUUGGGACACCUUGAAGACGGCUGCUGGAAGCGUUCCUGAUAAUGUCAAGCGAGAUGCCCAGAACUUGCUCAAGAGUUCUUCAAAGGCCUUAGUGGAGGGUAUAACAAACUAUCUCGUAAAUACUGUUUUAUCCAAAAUUGGCCUUACAGUGUAAAAUGCUAGACAAAUAUACAAAAAAUU